AUGAAUGAAACAGAGUUCCAGCUUUCCCUAACUGAAUUCUCUUUCGAGAGGCAUUUUGACGAAAGGGUUGCCAUCGAAUGGAUGCAAGAAAACUGGAGUAAAUCGUUUGUGUUCUGUGGUUUGUACGCCGCGUUUGUGUUCGGGGGUCAGCGCUUCAUGAGGGAGAGGCCUAAACUUGAGCUGCGUAAACUCCUAGUUCUAUGGUCACUCAGUUUGGCCAUCUUCAGUAUCAUCGGUGCGGUAAGGACUGGCUCGUACAUGUUCCACGUGCUUAGGACCAGUGGCUUUAAGCAGUCCGUCUGUGACCAGAGCUUCUACAACGGUCCAGUCAGCAAAUUUUGGGCUUGUGCUUUUGUCAUGAGCAAGGCUCCAGAACUGGGUGACACGGUGUUCAUCGUCCUCCGUAAGCAGCGUCUCAUUUUCCUGCACUGGUAUCAUCACAUCACCGUGCUCCUGUACUCCUGGUACUCUUACAAAGACCAGGUGGCAGGUGGAGGCUGGUUCAUGACCAUGAACUUUACCGUCCACGCUCUCAUGUACAGUUACUACGCCGCACGGGCGGCAGGCCUCCGGGUGCCCCGCCCCUGUGCCAUGGUCAUCACCGCGACCCAGAUCGCUCAGAUGGCCAUGGGUCUGGCAGUGAGUGCCCUGGUCUACAGUUGGAUGCAGGAUGGCAAUUGCCCAUCCUAUAUUGAUAACAUCGUGUGGGCGUCUCUCAUGUACCUUAGCUACCUGCUGCUGUUCUCCUCGUUCUUCUACGAGUCCUACCUGAAACGUUCCAAGAGCAAGGUCUCCAAAACCGACUAA